AUGAACACCGAAAAUCCGCAUCUGAAUUUAUCAGGACUACCGGGUUCGAUCGAUCUGGCAAUUCCAGGGACCUGCUCGACUCCGAUUAUGGAUCAGAAUUGUGACCGUCUAUCUCAGUGGGCCAAACGGCAAAACGAAUUGAACGCUUUGAAUGGCUUGUUACACCGAGUUUGGCAUUUGUUCUAUCCUCGUGUACAUUCAGAGUGUCCUUGGAAUUCACGUACCGAUGAACCAUGUGAUUUAAUCAGUCCACUGGCAGACAGUAACGUGGCCGCUUCUAUUUCCGGGAAGGGUCAUCAUCUACGUGAAUCACAAUCAACUUGGUGUCGAUGUGGUGACUGUCAAGCUCAGAGCGUGGGGGAAACUUUCGAGUUGAAAGAUCAUCCGGAUGUACGAACAGCGAGCACAUCGACCAAACUGGUCGAAUUGAUCCAGGUUGAUGAGCUGUCGCCUCCAGUGAUUACCUUGUCCGAGGCAGUGAUCAGUUACCGGGACCCGGUGGAACAGUAUCGAAUCGAGACAGUUAGUCCUCCAUCUGUACACGAGAAGUAUCAAUCCAUCACCAAAUCCGUGCUCGAAUAUAGCUCGGUGAAUUCUAAAAAUUCACUUAUGCAAAGUAGAUCAAACAUCAGUUUGGAAAAAAGCUACUCUCGGGGUUCAGAAAACACGCUAAAUUUAACGCUUGCCGAUCCUACUCAGAUGUCAGUGCAACGCAUGCUUGAUAUAGGCUCACGAAUAUCUACCAUCUCACCUUCCACAGGAGUAAUGAAAAUAAUAGAUAACCCUUCCAUGGAUACAAAAUCUUUGCAAUCCCCACAAUCGGAAAUCUUAAACGCAUACACACCCCCAUCGAUACCAACAAGACAAUCAUUAGUUAUAUUUCCUUCAUCAGUGCUAUCAUCCCCAAAGAUAGCCAUAACAACAGAAGCAUCAACAGUACCACAGCUUUCGGCAGAACUACUGAGUGAUCACGCCAGUAUCGAUACGCAUGUAAACGCAAUACCAAAAUCCCGUAAUUCAGCCUCAAAGGGAUCGGAUGAAGCGUCGUCUGAAAGCCGAUUAGAUGAAAUCCUCACAAAACAGUCCACUGUAAGCUUUCGAUCGGAGAGAGCAGAGGAUCACACAAACGGGGCAUCAAACAUUGAUUUUCUGGCGGAAACCAUAUCCCAAAGAAAAAAUUGGAGUCCUUUUAUGAAUACUUCCUCAACACUGCCUACACCGGCAUUGUCUACUGUUAAGAAUAGUUUGUCUAAAGCACAAACCACUUCAGUUGAAUUGCCUGGACCAGACUCACUCAUUCAUGUGGUACCUAGCACUUCUGAACGUCUAUUAUCCGAAAUGGAUUACAACAAAACGAAUACAGAUUGGACUUAUAUGCCUCAAAUUAAGACGACAACUACUGUCAGUUUGGAUUUCGAAUGGAAGAGUUCACCUGAAGGUUUGCCACCGAAAGCUCCCAGUCGAAGACGAUCUGUGUCAAAUUUCAGUCAAGCUCUAAGUCAGAGAGUUGAGUCACAACCACCACAACGUUCCGUGUCGCCAUCGGAUCAUGUUUUGAUCGAUACCACAAAUGAGGCACCAAUAACGUCUGCCAAACUGCCACCGGCUGCUGAAAUCGGACAAAACAGUCAGACAAUUUCUGUCGAACGAAAAAUGGCGGUUCCCAAAUUAUCGGAAAAGUUUAAUGUGCCGACAAAACCGAUCGAUCGGUCCCCUUCCAAAUCCACUCCAUUGCGAGAUAACAGAUCAGUAUCUAUUCCAUCCACUUCCGUUCUCGUGUACGACAGUGACGAGCAACAAAGAACUGAAUCUCCUGGUUCUGAAUUAGCUGCCCAGAGCACACAACUGAAAUCCAUCAAACCAAAACGGGCGAUCCGUAAAUCUGCUGAAAAAACGAACAAACAAACGAGACGUGCGAAAAGUCACUCUCCGGAAUUUCGGCAAUCAAUCCAUACACAGUCGGCACAGCCCACGUCGCAAAACGUGUCCCGCAUCACUACCCGCCGUUCGCGAUCAGGUUGUGUUCGAACUCAGAGCAAUUGUCGUCCGAAACGUCGAACAGUAAUUGUACGAGAAAAGUUUCGACCGUACCUUUUGGAUCUUCUUGUCCCGUGUGGACUUAUCGUCCCACCCUAUGCGGACACCGAAUCUCCGGAAAGCUUACCGGCAUGCCAUUGCUGUUCACAAACUUCGUGUGAAAAGAAAACAGUGGGACCUCAGCCAACUGGUCACGAAUGCGUGAAAGACAACGUUUCAAUAGCAGCCAGGAAACCAAUGAAUCCCACCGGACGAAUAGCCUUUCGGGAGGCGUUGGCUCGACGAUAUCAUACAGCGCGAACUACGCGGUCGACGGGUUAUCAAACAAUCUAUCCGGCCGAUCAUUUACGCGCACCCCGAAUCCGACUUGUUAUGACGGAAGAUCAGUUUCGGCACCUGAGGGAUACGCACCAUCUGAAUUUACACGAUCAGGAUGUGACUGAGUUACAAAGCCAGCGGCCUCAUCCGGCGCCAUUACACACGGAAUGUCAUAAUGUAGAAUACUUGCAAACAGAUGCAUUCCUCACAGAACAGUACUCAGCUGACCCUAAUGCAUCGUCUAGCGGUGGUUAA